AUGCUCUUCUCCUUCGUGACACUCCUUCCCCUGCUCGUCCUGGAGGCGACAGCAGGCCCUGUGCGGAAAGCGGCCUUCCGGGAGCAUGGCUGGGAGCGGAAGUUCAUCGCGCCUCGAGACGGACGCAUGAAGCUGCACAUCGCCCUCCGACAAAGCGAUGGCGGUGCUGAAGUCGAGCGACAGCUACUAUCCGUCUCUAACCCGGGAAGCGCAUCUUUUCGGCAGCACUUGGGUGCUGAGCAAGCGGCUUCGAUCUCUACGCCCGCGCACGGCAGUGUCCACGCAGUUGAGUUCUGGCUGUGGAAAUAUGGCUUGCUGAACGAUGCUUCGCUGUUCGGCGGCAUCUACGAAAUCGACACGACCAUACGGAGCGCAGAGAGGCUGCUCAACACAACUUACUUUGCCUGGUCGGACGGCGAGCGGGAGGUAAUCCGAACAGAACUGUUCUACCUGCCGGACAGCGUUGAUGGGUAUAUCGACUUCGUUACGCCCACGACGAGUUUUCCGAAACGAAGAGCGAUGAAGACCUCAUUGCGGCGACCAGCAGGCGAUGCUGUUGCUCAAAGAGCAGCUCAGGCUGUAGUGCUUAACGAACAAGCUGAAUGUGCAAUCAACAGCUUCGCAACGCCGACUUGCAUCAGGCAAGCAUAUAAAAUCGACUAUCAAGCGCAACCGAACCGUACCACAUUCGCCGUCUACGGAACGGAAGCAGCGUCUUUCAACCCUGUGGACCUGCAGACAUACCUCCAACGCUACAACUCUCCAGCCGCUGAAGCGAACGCACAAUACGGAGUCGUCGGCAACGAAGAAUACUCCAGCUUCACAGCCAAAUUCGAAACAGCGCUAGACACCCAAACCCUCCUCGGCCUCGCCUGGCCCGCCAGAGGCAUCCUCUACAACAACGGCGGCGUCUUUGGACCCAGCCCUGGCACGGUCUAUGAUCCUUUCGUACAGUUCCUACAAGAACUCAUCACGAACAAGACCGUCCCAAGCGUCGUCUCGUUCUCCGAAAGCCUGCCAGAAAACCAGCUUGACCCGGUGUAUGCAAGACGGCUUUGCAAUAUGAUGGCGCAAGUCGGUGCUCGAGGCGUGAGCCUGCUGUUCUCGAGUGGGAACAACGGACCCAAUGGUGACCAGCCGACUGGCACGCACAAAGAGAUUUUUGAGCCCGAGUUUCCUGCAAGUUGUCCUUGGGUCACUGCUGUAGGCGGAACAACCAACCUCAAGGGCGAGACGGCCGCGACGAAGGAGACGAUCGGUGUUAUUGGAAGGCUUGGUUAUACGGCGAGUGGAGGCGGGUUCUCGAACCUCUUCUCUGCACCGGACUACCAGAAGUCGGUGGUUGAUGCUUACGUCGCCAACCACGUCCCGGCCAGCUACGCUUCAGUAUCUGGCUUCAAUGCCCAAGGGCGAGGCAUCCCAGAUGUGAGCGCCUUCUUCACGAACUUCCCUACAGUCGUCGACUACAUCACUUUCCCGGUCGCACGAACGAGCGCUGCAACGCCGGUUUGGGCUGCAGUGGUGACGCUGCUGAAUGACUACGAAGCUGGGAAAGGGAGGUCGCCGCUCGGCUUUAUCAAUCCGUGGCUAUACAGUCUUGACAGCGGACUGAAGGACAUCACCACAGGUGGUAACAACGCUGGCUCUUGUGACCUGCUGGGAGGAUGUACGCUGCCAGAGACGUUGCGGUAUGAGGUCACCGAAGGCUGGGAUCUGGUCACUGGACUUGGAAGUCCAAUGUUCUCUGAGCUUACAAGGGCGCUCGAUGCCAUAGCUGAGCGUAAGAAGUAG